UGCAACGUCAAUAUCGAUAAACUGGCGUGUGUUAUGCCAAAAAAAACAUCCCAAACAACGCGCUUCAUUUAUAUUUUUAUUGUUAAUGCGAAAAGUGCCCGACACGAGAUGGAGCUACUUUUGGCCAAUGUGAACAGCCUGCAGUUCAAGGCGGAACGCGACCUGAUCGAGCAGGUGGGCGCCAUUCCGCUGCCGUUCUAUGGCAUGGACAAAUCCAUCGCUGCCGUCUGCAAUUUCAUUACAAAGAGUGGCCAGGAAUGCGACAAGGGAAGCGCCUGUCCCUUUCGACAUAUACGCGGAGAUCGCACCAUCGUCUGCAAGCACUGGCUGCGCGGCCUGUGCAAGAAGGGGGAUCAGUGCGAGUUUCUGCACGAAUACGAUAUGACCAAGAUGCCGGAAUGCUAUUUCUACUCCCGGUUCAAUGCCUGCCACAACAAGGAGUGCCCAUUCCUGCACAUCGAUCCGCAGAGCAAGGUGAAGGACUGUCCGUGGUAUAAACGUGGAUUCUGUCGCCACGGCCCCCACUGCCGGCAUCAGCAUCUGCGACGUGUCCUCUGCAUGAACUACCUGGCCGGCUUCUGUCCGGAUGGCCCUAAUUGUAAGCAUAUGCAUCCCCGAUUUGAGCUGCCGCCACUUGCUGAUCUCAGCAAGGAUCAGUUGCACAAGAAACUGCCCACCUGCCAUUACUGUGGCGAAUUGGGACACAAGGCGAACUCGUGCAAACAAUACGUGGGCAGCAUGGAGCAUCGCAAUAAUAUCAACGCCAUGGAUCACAGUGGCGACAAUAAUGAUGACGGUGGUGGUGGUGGCGGUGGUGUUGGUGGCAUUGUUCCUAAUCAUCCGCCACCGGCGUUUAUAAAAGUGCCAACGCCGCUGGAGGAGAUCACCUGCUACAAGUGUGGACACAAGGGACACUAUGCUAACAAGUGCCCCAAGGGCCAUUUGGCCUUCCUAUCAAAUCAACAUAGUCAUAAAUAGUGCUUAAUUCCCCGAUAGUCCCGAUACAGACACACAAACACACAUAUAUUAUUGUACAUCUAAGUAUUCAGUUAGUAGUACAGAUUAAAUCUCCGUCAAACCAUCAA